AUGGAAUUAUUAAAAGUUUCGAAAAUUCCAGGAAAGAAAAGAGGGACACAUGUUUUUAAAGGCGACGAUAGUAAUAUGUACCAUCAAAAAGAGGUUUCAGGAGACAAUACUAUUGUUAGGUGCCAAUUAUGGCGCAAAAAAGAUCAACAUUGUCCAGCCAAAGGUAAAAUACCUUUGGGUACCAACGAUUUAUAUUUAUAUACACCUCAUAAACAUAAUCAACCAGAUAAGUUGUUAAUAAAAAAAUUAAAAAAACAAUUGAUCGAAAAAGCCAAAACUCAAAACCUUAAAAACAGGUUGAUUUUCAAUGAGGUACUUUCCCAGCCUGAAUUUUCUGGUAUAAACGUACCAUUUAAAGAAAUGAAAAGACAAAUGUCUAGAGCUAAAAGAUUGAAUCAUCCUCCUGAACCAAAUUCUCUGAACGAAUUCAAAUUACAAAUGGAAGGUACAUAUGCCAAUAACAUGACCAUGGAUGGUGAAUGUUUUUAUGUUGGAACUGCAGGAGAUGGAGGCAAUGAAGGUUUUUCAGUUGUAUUUAUUGCACCAAAAUUAAAAAAGAUAUUAUCAUCAGGAACUGAUUUCAUCAUGGAUGGAACUUUUAAAGCAGCUCCUAAAUUUAGAGGCGAAUGUAUUCAAUUAUUUGUUAUUAUGGGGAUUGCAAUGGAUGUUGGUUUUCCAAUUGUAUAUGCUCUAAUGAGUAAAAAAACAGAAGAUGCAUAUUGUGCUUUGUUUCAUUUUAUUAAAACUGAAAUAGAAGUAAAUUGGAAUCCAUUAUCAGUCGCCAUCGAUUUUGAAAAAGCUUCAAUAGCUGCUGUAAGAAAAAUUUUUCCUACAGCAAAUAUUUUUGGGUGCUUUUUUCACCAUUCCCAGUGCAUUUGGCGUAAAAUCCAACAAAAAGGUUUAACACAACUAUACCGGAAUAAUUCACUCGUAAAUAAAUUAAUCCGCAUGUUUAUGGCUAUCCCAUUGUUACCUCAACAUAAAACACGAGAGGGAUUUGACACUCUUAUAGAGUUCUAUCACGUAGAACUGGAAGAUCAACUUGAUGCUAUUCAAAAACAUCAAUUGAAUGAUUUUUUCCGGUAUUACUUGAAAACCUGGAUCUCUGGACAUCUUGGCUCAAUUCUAUCGGUUUUCAAUCGCGUCCGAAGAACUAAUAACUCGUUAGAAGUUAGUCACCGCCACUUAAUGGCACAUAUUGGUAUCCCUAAUCCUUCACCUUGGUUAUUUGUUGAUAAACUACUAGCUUAUUCACGUGGAACCGUAAAUGAUUUUAUUUUGGCUGAAGAUGGUGUGGAUAUUACAGAAAAACUACCAAGAAAGUGGAAAAAACAAAAUAAAAGAAUUCGUGUUGCUACUGAAAGACUACAAGAACGUCGAUUCAAUGUUCUAGAGUUCUUAAAAUAUACUAAACACUCUACACCUUUAUUUGACUUGGAAAACGACGAAGGUGGUACUUUAAACUUAACAUUUUAA